AAGAUGAUGGGCUAAGCUUUCUACUAGUUGUGCAGUACCCUCAGACGUUUCCUCUUUUUUCUUUAGUGUUGACAAGGCACUUUAUACCCCACCUAAGUAUAGUUUUUGGCGCGUACCACAUGGAUUUUAUGCCAUGGUUUAUGAUUGUACUAACUAACAAACACUUUUCACUUUAUAUAUCUCCCUAUAUGUAAAAGCACUUCCAUAAUACUAAUAUUUCCUCCCUCAACGCCAACCAAAACCUUCUCAGUUAAGAAUAACUCUCUCUCCCUCUCUCUGAAAUGGCCGAGGAGUCUCAAGGGAUUAAGCUGUUUGGUGCAAUGAUUACAUUGAACCGUGGGGAAGUAAACAAAGGAGAAAAGGGAAGCGAAUAUGAGAGGGUGGAGAAGAGAGCAGAGAAGAUAAUACCCUGUCCGAGAUGCAAGAGCAUGGAAACUAAGUUCUGUUACUUCAAUAACUACAACGUUAAUCAGCCAAGGCAUUUCUGCAAGAGCUGCCAGAGGUACUGGACGGCUGGUGGGGCCCUCCGAAACGUCGCGGUGGGCGCCGGUCGCCGGAAGGUUAAGUCACCGUGCCAUGGAGCCGGUGUCUAUGAAAGUACUUCUGAAGAUGAAAACAAGUUUGAGAUGGGUCAGGGACACGUUGCCAUGCCCAACACUGGUUUCCGGCAGAUUUUUCAGGCCAAGCGGCAGAGGAUCACCUCAGCAUCAAGGUCAAUAAAAUCAUCUACGAAAACACAACUUGGAAUUAUCAUGAAACAAGAAGAAAAGACCUGAGCAACGACGGACCAAAGCGUGCCUUGAGAAAUUAUGAUGUGAACACCUAAAAAAAUGCCGCGGCUAAUCAAUAUCGAUGAUGUUCGACUAUGAGAAGACGUGAGAUAUAUAUGCCGAGAUUAGUUUUUUCCUGGAAACUCAAGUCCAUUGUUCAUAAGCAGGUUAAUUUUAAGGCAUGAUAAUUGGUUAAGUGGGUUACACAUUAGCUGUGACAUGAUUGCGAUCCACGAAAUUGAUGUAUAUAUAUAUGCAGAUGCAGAUAUAGAUGAAAUGUUGGUCAAAGGACAAAGAGAUAUAGAAUUGAAAAAGUAAACAUCAAAACACGAAUAUUUGAGUGCAAAUUGUCGUUUAAGCAUUUAA